AGACAGAGACGGAGGGUGAGAUGAGGAGCAUUUGGAGGCGCUUAGUCAAUGUCAUGGACCCUCUGUUAUUUAUCCGUGACUGGGCGACCCUCUUUAAAUAGACACAGCUCCGUUCCCUGCGUCCACAGCGCCAAAGUCAAGUCAAUGGCUCCAACCACUUUUAUUUUGAUGGUGUAUUUCCGGUAUUUCCUGUUUGAUGGACGGUGAUUGAUCUGGGAUUUAGCGGCUCUUUCUGGAAAGCAAAUGCUGAUGAAGCCCGUCAUCUUCUAUAAAGGGGUCCUAUCCACCCCGCACAGGUGAAAGGUGAACUAAAAAAGUCCCCCUCGCGGGUUUUAUCCGGGUUAAUUUACCUUUAUAUCUUCAUCUGAUCUUUUCACACAGACACCAACCAUUUCAUAAUUUCACCCAAAACUAUCUUUGCACUUUUAGACUCACCUAAAUCUUUCUCUUUAUUUUUAUUUUUUAUGUUGCUUAAGUGAAUCUUUAGUGUGGUUCCUCACUCCCAAAACUUUUGAGAAGUUCGUCUGCAAGUGUUAUUAUAAACAACUUUUGAAAAGAUGUUAAAGCCCAAAUAUGGUAGCCACAUUUUCAAGAACUUCUUUAAAAAGGUAAAAGUUUAAAACUAUAUUGGGGCAACAUGUAAUUAGGAGGUUAUAUGCUAGUUCAAAUUCACAGUGGAACAACUGAUUUACUUCUUUUUACUUUUUGGCAAACCAGGGUUGAUACAAACAAUUGCUUUUAUUAUGAGUUUCUGAAUUUUAGAAAAAAGGCUAAUUUUAUUUUCCCCCCAGGGUUAAAAUUCUGAUGUAUUUUCAUAUGAAAAAAAUCAUUCUUUGGAUGAAGAGGCCUUUACUUAAAGCUUAAAUCAUACAGUAAAAAAUAAAUAAAAAAAUAAAUAAAUAAAACGUCUUAAAGUUUUUCUGUGCAUGAUGGGACUCGAUGGGACUUGGUCCACAACUGUAGUCUAAAUUGUUGAUAUUUCAAAAUAGUUAAUCUAAAAGCAUGAAGCCUAAUUACUGCAUUCUAACCACAUUCUGCAGACAAAAAACAAAGUUUUGUACCCUGAGUGCUCCAGAACCAUAAGUGGGUCUUUUACCCCUCCAUUUUGGCUCUCUGGGUAAAGAAAACUAAAAUAAUCGUAUUUUUUAAUAGUAGGGGUUACUUAUUUAGCAUUGGUUAAGUUUAUAUUAGUUAAGUUUAUAAAUUUAUGACUGAGGUGCAACUAGAAAUAAGAUAAAGAAUGUAAAGGUUUCAAAGAGGCCUUAUUUGCUCUACACUUCCUUCGGAAUGCACAGAUUUUUAAAUGCUGAACACAAAUUCUGAAAAAAGUCAAAUCUUUUCCGAUUGCUCAGUUUCUUAAAAUCUUAUGCUGCACAACAAUGGUUAAUCCAGAGGGGAGAUGCUAAAAUGUAUAGACCUGUUUUUGUAAAUUCUUUAAAUAAUUUUUCCAUUGGAUUAUAAACCAAUAGAGUCAUGUUAAUGUUCCGGUUAACAGCAGUAGUGAGAAGGAGAAAGGAUGGCAGCUCACUAAAGUAGUCCUAAGGUAUAAGAAGAGAAAAAGUCAUCUUUGACACAGUAUUUCACAUUAGCUGCACUGAGACAAUCCUGUGCAGCACAGGAAGUAUUUUAUUUUGAAAGGAUGUCACAUGAGUUUGGUAAAAAAAAAAAAAAAAAAAAAAUACAAAACUGGUAGUUUCCGCUUCUUUGUUGCCAAAAAAAGAGAUACUAUUCAUAUUUAUUCUUAAAGUAAAAAUGUAAUUAAUGCAAAGCAGUAUCAAAUUGUCCUAAAAUAAAACUCUGGAGCUCCUGCAAAGUUUUGAUCAGUAGAAACAGAUCAAGUUUGCUUAUAUGAUCGAAACUGUUGAUUGAACUCUUCAGUUGCUUAUUCAUUUGUAUUAAUAUUUCAUUAAUUAUUCUUUUUUGUUCCACGUGCUAUAUUCCCCUUAGAUUUGUAGAAAAGUGUGUUUUUUUUCAAGUUAAAAUAUAUUGACAUCUAAAAAUGACUUGACCUUUUGAUCAUCUUUGAAUGGCUGUAAAUUAUUAUCAAAGAUACAUUCACAUGUACUAAGUGAAAUGUGAUCAUCUCUGCUCUAAAAUGUGGCAUCAGUGACCCCUGAAGAGGACUGCAGGUGUUUGCUGCGCUGCAGCGCCACCUGCUGCAGCAGAGGAAGAAGGAGUGUAGUUGGCUGGCUGGAUGUGUGCUGCAUUUCCUCUGAGCUGCAGAUGAGUCAGCGUCUGUGCUGCUGGGCUGCAGCACAACUGCUCUUGUUGAUAUUUAGAUCCACAAUGAAGCAGGCUGUGUUUAGCAUUCACAUAUGAGCAGAAUUUCAGAGUUGACUCUGUAAAUAAUGGAUCAGUUUCAUAAUUUAUUUGCCAAACUGGACCAGGACAAUGAUGGGUUCAUCUCAGUGGCAGAACUGCAGGAUGAGAUGAGAAAACAUGGGAUCCUCUCCUCCAGUGGAAAGGUGCAGAGUCUCGUUGAUUCUUAUGACAAAGACAGAGAUGGCCUCCUGGAUUAUGAAGAGUUUCUUCAUUACAUGAUGGACAGAGAAAGGAAAUGGAAAAUUUACUUUCAUGAUCUUGACAAGAACAAAUGUGGGGUGAUUGACCAGGACGACAUCAUAUGUUUGUUUAAGGAGUUAGGAGUGGUCAUUUCAAAGCCCAAUGCAAAAAAAAUUAUACAAAUGAUUGAUAAGGACAGUUCCAUGACAGUGGACUGGGACGAAUUCCUGCAACAUAUCAUCCUCAACCCAGUGGACAACAUAGGGGAACUGGUGUCGUCAUGGAAACACAGUCUUGUUUUUGAUGUUGGGGAGAGCCGCGGGAUUCCCAUGGAGUUUCCAGAGGAGGUGUCCGGCUUUGGUGCUUGGAGGACGUUUGUGAUGGCAGCAGGAAUGGCGGACGCCGUCUCCCGGACUGUGACGGCUCCCAUAGACCGCCUGAAAACCCAGCUUCAGGUGCACGGAUCCAAGGCCUUGACCCGAGGCUUCGGUGAGAUGCAAGCAUGUGGUCUGCGGUCAAUGUGGCAAGGCAAUGCAGUCAACGUGCUGAAAGGAACGCCACAGUCCACUCUGCAGUGUCUCAUCUAUGCACAGAUGAAGGUUCACACCAAAACCUCGCCUCAGGAGGCGCUGUCGGUGCAGCAGCGCUUUGGCUUGGGCUGCAUCUCUGGAGCUGCUGCUCACGCUGUCUUCUACCCCUUAGAGGUGCUGAAGGUGCGGCUGAACCUGCAGCAGGCUGGCACAUAUCAUGGUGUUGUAGCGUGUGCCCAAACCAUUUACAGACAAGAGUCCCUGUCAUCCUUCUACAGAGGUUUUAAGCCCAGCAUCCUCUGUAUGAUCCCCUAUGCAGGUGUGGAGUGUGCAGUACAUCAGUCGAUCAUGAACUGGGCUAAAAAUGAUGUGGCAUACAACAGUGACUCCAAGCUGUUUUUCUUCAGCUUCGUGGCCUUUGCUUGUGGGCAGAUGAGCAGCUAUCCCCUGGCGGUGAUCCGAACUCAGCAGCAAGCUCAGGCUUUCAGGUCAGAUUCCAGCUCAACCUCUCGUGUAUUAUUACCUGGACUUCUAGAGAUAUAUGAAAGAAAUGGAUUGAAAGGUUAUUAUAGCGGCAUGGGAGCCAGCUUUGUCAGGGCUGUUCCCUGCGCACUCAUAAACUACGCUCUGACCAGGAAAUUUGAAAAUCUCUUUUCUUCCAUGGAGUCUUGAGGAAAAACAGCAACAACUGUCCCUGAUCGAUUUAGGCUUUCUCUGAAGUCCAGAAACAAAUAAACUUUUUAUGCAAAACUUGAA